CAACAUUAACAAGGUCUCUGUAGAGGGCGCACCUACCACUACCACAACCAUGGCUGAGGGCCGUAGACAGAGAAGAGAUGUUGUGUUCCUUCUGGAUGGAUCGGAUGGAACUAGGAAUGGAUUCCCAGCAAUGAAAGACUUUGUGCAAAGAAUGGUGGAGAAAUUGGAGGUUGCCGAGAACAGAGAUCGCAUUUCUGUUGUCCAAUACAGCAGAGAAGCGGAGGCCAAUUUCUAUCUAAACACAUACACGACAAAGGAAGAAAUUCUUGAUGGUGUCAGGGGUCUGAGGCACAAAGGAGGCAGACCCCUUUACACGGGGGCAGCUCUCCAGUACGUCAGAGACAAUGUCUUUACUGCUUCCUCUGGCAGCAGGCGACUGGAGGGUGUGCCGCAGAUACUGGUUUUGCUUAGCGGGGGAAGGUCAUUUGACAGUGUCAAUGCAGCAGCCUCCUCUCUGAAAGAGCUUGGCAUCUUGACUUUUGGAAUAGGAUCCAGAGGCUCUGAUAGCAGAGAACUGCAGAGAAUAUCAUAUGAACCCGAUUAUGCUCUGUCCGUGUCUGAUUUCAGUGAGCUACCAAAUGUCCAAGAGCAGCUGCUUGCCUCUGUACAGGUUACUUCAAUUCCCGUCACUCCAACUUCACCGACUGUUACCGCUGAAUACAGCACACCCAGAAAAGAUGUAGUGUUUCUGCUGGACGGUUCAGAUGGCACUAGGAGUUCUUUCCCAGCUAUGCGGGACUUUGUGCAAAGAGUAGUGGAGAAAUUCAACAUAGGGGCAAACAGAGACCGCGUUUCUGUUGUGCAGUACAGUAGAGACGCUGAGGUCCAUUUCUAUCUGAAUAGCCACAGCAAAAGGAAGACAUUCUUGACACGUGUCACAGGUCUGAGGCACAAAGGAGGCCGACCCCUCUACACGGGGGCAGCUCUCCAGUACGUCAGAGACAAUGUCUUUACUGCUUCUUCCGGCAGCAGACGGCUGGAGGGUGUGCCACAGAUACUAAUCCUGCUGAGCGGGGGAAGGUCAUUUGACAGCGUUGAUGCAGCAGCAUCCUCUCUAAAAGAGCUCGGUGUCUUGACCUUGGGAAUAGGAUCGAGGGGCUCUGAUAGCCGAGAACUGCAGAGAAUAUCGCACGAAGCCAAUUAUGCUCUGUCCGUAGCUGACUUCAGUGAGCUUCCAAAUGUCCAAGAGCAGCUGUUGGCCUCUGUGCAGACGGUUGCAACGUCCGAUACUCCAACUUCCCCAACUCUCACUGCUGAUGACACCAUUCCCAGAAAGGAUGUAGUGUUUCUGCUGGACGGCUCAGAUGGCACUAGGAAUACUUUCCCAGCCAUCCGUGAAUUUGUGCAGACAUUAGUAGAGCAAUUCAACGUAGAGCCAAACAGAGAUCGCAUUUCUGUGGUACAGUACAGUAGAGAUGCUGAGGUCAAUUUCUACCUGAAUACCUACACAGCAAAAGCAGACAUCUUGAACACGGUCAGAGGUCUGAGGCAUAGAGGAGGGAGACCCCUCAACACGGGGGCAGCUCUCCAGUACGUGCGGGACAGUGUCUUCACUGCCUCUGCCGGGAGUAGGAAAAAAGAGGGUGUGCCUCAGGUUCUUAUCCUCCUCACUGGAGGACGCUCAAACGACAACAUAGAUACACCUGCCUCUGCCCUGAAAGAAAGCGGGGUCUUGAUCUUGGGUAUCGGCACCAGAAAUUCAAGCAGAGAGGUCCAGAGAAUUACCAAUGACCCUGCCUAUGCACAAUCCCUCAAUGAUUUCUCUGACCUUCCCGGUGUCCAGCAGCAGUUUUACAGCUCCCUCAACAAUGUGCUUGUUCAAGUUAGGCCAAUGACACCUACUGUUGCAGGUAAGACAGAAUCUGCACACGGUUUAUGUUAGCACAACAGGCAUGGAGAAUUAGCCUAGCAAGCCAUGGGUUGGAACUCUUAGCGGUGUUUGCCUGUGCUAAAGUGUUUGUACAUUAGCUUGUUUACUUUAGGCAUAGUUUUCGCUGAAUAUCUCCUUCCAGUGUAGGUCCUAUUUUGACAGAUCGGCAUCAUUACAUUAGGGCAGGUUUACCCUGACCAAAAUUUAAGUUUACUUUAGAAGACGGUAAUAGCAUUUGACCAUCAGACUGGCCGCAAAAUAGCUGAAAUUAUGGGGAAGUUGUUACCUUUGUUGUAGCUGCAGACUAGAGGGCACAAAACGCCUGCUGUACACCCAAUUAGGGAUGACGAGUGCUCACAUGACUUUGUGCUCCAUUUCAUUACCCAUAGCUGAGCGAAGGAUGGCUAGGAGGGAUGUAGUGUUCCUGCUGGACGGUUCAGAUGGCACGAGGAGCUCUUUCUCUGCAAUGAGAGACUUUGUU